CACACAGCAGCACCAAAUCAAACCGCGACACGCGCGCGCGCUUUACCGGAGGAGCUGCUGCUUUUCAUCGCGAGUGUUGUGUUAUGUAACGGUCCGGAGAGGAGGACUAAUGGGAUUUCGCGAGAUCAGUGGCGUGUUUAGUUGUGCAGCGAAACACAGGCAGGAGGAAAAGAGGCUGCUCGGGUUUCACACGCCUGUUUUCGGGGCUGUUUUAUUGGGUCAAGCGCGUGAGAAACUGAAGCAGCGGCAGCAGCAGCGGCGGCGGCGGCGGGGUCACGCUCAGGCACGAGGAAGAAAACAGCACGAGCUCCAGUAGUCAGGCUUUGCAGUAACUGAGAAGAGAGAGCAGUGUGAUGUGGCUCCAACUCUCAUCCAGGAUCGUCUGUGAGAUCCCCUGAAGAGGACGUGCAGGAAGGACACCACGUUUUGUGAGAAACGAAUGUGGAGACAGGACACCAAAAGUGAACUCUGCUCAUGUUAAUGGAAACAAUGGAAUAAAUUGGAAAGCAGCAUGGACGUGGAAUAAAGGAUAUCUCAGAGGCAGGGCAAGGGCUUUGGAUGUUCUGCCAACUCUGAAAUCUGCCUCCCGUGGAUGUGGUGCUGAUAAUGCUCUAACCCAAUGCUCAGCAGAGAUAUGGUGCGGAAAAAGAAUCCCCCUUUGAGAAGCUUCGGCGGCGAGGAAGAUGAAGGUGAAGCGGCGACGCUAGCGGAGGCUGCGGGUCCGGAGAGUGGCGAGGCAGCAGGUAGUGAGGCCUCGGUACCAGAGGAGCGAUCAGAGCCAGGCUCCCCCAGCUCCGUCAAACCAGACACUCCUGGCUUUCAUUAUCAGCAAGCAGAAAAUGCCGAUGCCUCCCCGGCACGAUCAGACCGCGGCCAAAGUCCUGAUGGAGAGGGUGAAGCCGUUAAGGGUGGAACGGAGAAUCAGAGACAUUCGUCAUUGCGCAGGGGGCCAGAGGCGUGCGUCAUUGUACAGAGCUGCGCCAGCAACGGCGAGGAAAGGGAGCCUACCCACAGUCCUCUAGUGCCGCCUGGUUCCGAAAGCCUUCACAUAGAGGGCGAGGAUGGAUCUGAGCUCCCUCGGCUCCCUCUCCAUCCGCUUCAGCCCCACAGGCCUACUGACGAGGCCUCUAGCCCUCCGAGAACCGAGAGCGGGGCUCCCCCGCCUUCUUCUUCGUCCUCGUCCUCCUCCUCUCCCAAGCUACAGGACUUUAAGUGCAACAUCUGCGGGUACGGCUACUACGGCAACGACCCGGCUGACCUCAUCAAGCACUUCCGCAAGUACCACCUGGGCUUGCACAACCGCACACGGCAUGAUGCUGAGCUCGACAGCAGGAUCCUCGCCCUGCACAACAUGCCGCAGUUUCAAAGUCAAAGCCAAGGCAAAGACGGCAGCAGGAACCCAGGCGCCACUGCUGACCCGGGCUCGCCCAGAGCCUUGCUACUCAAUGGCACCUAUGACGUUCAGGUGACAUUAGCGGGCACCUUCAUAGGAAUUGGCAGGAAGACACCAGACUGUCAGGGUAACACCAAGUAUUUCCGCUGCAAGUUCUGCAAUUUCACCUAUAUGGGCAGUUCAUCAGUGGAGCUCGAGCAGCACUUCCUGGCCGCGCACCCAAACAAAAUGAAGAACCCUCCGCUGGGUCUCGCUAGCCCUGAAGACAAGGCUGUGGAGGCAAAGGGGAACUGCCCAUCAUGGUCAGGAGUCGAGGAGCCAGGCACGUGGGCCGAGCGGGUAGCGGUGCGAGCAGAGGACGACUCGGUGGCCGGGUACUCUGUGCCAAUCCGGCCGGCGGGUGCUGACGUGCCAGCGGCAUAUUACUGGUGCAAGUACUGCAGCUUCAGCUGUGAGGCAUCCAGCUCGUCUAGACUGCUGGAGCACUAUGAGAAGCGGCACUGCCAGGCUGCAGGGUUAGACAGCAGUCCGGGAGAAAGAGAGCGGAAAGCCAGAGAGGGAGAUCUAAAUGCAAAGAGGAAGGAAAACCAGAGUAGCAAGGCGGGCACGGGUGCCGACUCAGAGACAGUGGUGACCAGCUACAACUGCCAGUUCUGCGACUUCCGCUACUCUAUGAACCAUGGGCCUGACGUGAUUGUGGUGGCUCCACUGUUGCGCCACUACCAGAGGGCGCAUAGCAUCCAUAAGUGCGCGAUCAAGCAUUGCCCGUUAUGCCCGCGUGGCCUGUGCAGCCCUGACAAGCACCUGGGUGACGUCUCGUACCCGUUUGCAUGUCGCAGGAGCUCGUGUCCGCACUGUGCCAUGCUUCUGCUGCAGCUAACACCCAUUGGCAGUGCCACGCCACCACCCAGGGCUUCUGUCACCCACCUGUGCGAUCAGUGUACCUUCUCCUCCACCGAUGUGGACCUGCUGCUGCUGCACUACGACAGCGCCCAUGCUCCCCGUGCCCUGCUGGAAGCCAAGCCCGAAGACGAGGCGACAACUGAGGGAGGCGGCCGGGGCCAGCACGGAGAGUACGCCUGCACCAAAUGCAACUUCUACACCGAGGUGGAGGAGGAAAUUUUCCGUCACUACAGGAGGGUUCACGGCUGCUGUCGGUGCCGCCAUUGCAGCUUCACGGCGGCCGACACCACAUCCCUGCUUGACCACUUCAACUCAGUCCAUUGCCAGGACUCUAGUGAGCCAGGCUCCGCCCCUGCCAAUGGCUGUUCCGCCCCCUCCACUCUCCGCAUUAAAGAAGAGAGUAAAAGCGACCUGAAGCUCUACAGUCUGGUGCCCCCAGAGGCCAGACCAGCCGAGACUGUCAAGACUGAAGCCCCUGAUGAGAAAGAGAAAGAGAAGCCCUGGCCUGAGGCCCGAGGAGGGACAGAGCAGCAAAUCCAGGGUAUGCUUUGGGUGCCAAAAGAGCGAGUGGGAGAGGUGCUGCGGGUAAGCCCCGCACCGUUCCCUCAUGUGACACUAGGGUUGUUAAGCUCCACCUCAGUCCCACAGGAGCAGCAGCAGAAAGGUGCAGCUGUACUCAGAGACUCGCCGGGCCUGGUGUUCAGCCUCAGUGCAGAUGCCAAGGGCUACCUGCAGGGGACACCAGCAGGCACAGCAGCUGAGAAGCCCGGGCAACAGUACCCCAGUUCAACAGAGGGCAAGAGCGCCAAGGAAGAGUCACAAUCACUCCUACGGAGACGGCGGGGAUCAGGAGUAUUCUGUGCCAACUGCCUGACCACCAAGACCUCACUGUGGAGGAAAAAUGCCAACGGGGGCUAUGUGUGCAACGCGUGUGGCCUCUAUCAGAAGCUCCACUCGACUCCCAGGCCACUGAACAUUAUCAAGCAGAACAAUGGUGAGCAGAUUAUCCGUCGGCGCACACGGAAACGCCUAAACCCUGACAGCGUGGCAUCAGAGCAGGCAAGCUCCAAGCAGCAACGUGUCAGCACUGAGGAUCGGCUCAAUGGCAGCCCAUUGGAGCGCAGGUCUGACGAGGCUGGAGCUGAGCCCCAUGCCCAGUCAGGCAAGGGCCAGCCAAGCCCACGCUCCACCCACGCCUUCCUGCUUAGCCAGACGCUGGAGAUCCACAAGCGCAUGCCACCCCUACAUGCUCAUAAGAGCCCUGGCGACAGCACAGGACCAGAGGGCAAUGGGCCAGGUAUGGGCACGCAGGUCGCUUCUGAAAGGGGUAGUCCCAUAGAGAAGUACCUACGUCCAUCCAAGCAGGCAAGCUAUUCACCUCCAGGCAGCCCCAUUGAGAAGUACCAGUACCCUGUCUUCAGCCUACCGAUUGUCCACAGUGAGCUCCAGAACGAGGCCGACUGGCUUCGCUUUUGGACCAAAUACAAGAUGGCUGUGCCAGGAAACCCAGGCCAUUACCUCGGCCUACCUAACCCGUGCCAAAGCUUUGUGCCUUACCCCACCUUCAGCCUGCCUCCUCACUUCCCACCACCUCCACCUUCUGGACCUGACAGUGACACCCCCCUUGACCUGGCCAUCAAGCAUCAUUCCAAACCCAGUUCCCUGCCCAACGGUGCCACGGUGCCCAAGGAGAAGGUCCUGCUGGAAAAACGGGCAUCUCCACUGGCAAACAGAGACAGUGAGGCCAAAGAGGAUGAUGGUGCUGUCCCACAGCCCAUCAAACCAGAAAGGAUUGAUCAGGGCACCCAGGAUGAGCUGUGCAGUAAGUGUGCCCAUUGUGGCAUUGUUUUUCUAGACGAAGUUAUGUACGCCCUGCAUAUGAGCUGCCACGGUGAUGGUGGACCCUUCCAGUGCAGCAUCUGCCUACACGCCUGCGCUGAUAAGUAUGACUUCACCACCCAUAUCCAACGAGGGCUCCAUCGCCCUGCCCCUGACCCAAACGCUAAGGUCGCAGAUGAAUGAAGCACAGUUAGAGCAUUAUGGAAGGAAGCUAAUAAGAGACUCAGCAGGAGAAAAACAUUGUACGCAUGAACGCGUAAGGUUUUUUUUAUUGAUCAAAAUGUGCCAAGAUGCCUCCUGGCACCUCAGCAACCAAUUUAAGGGCCAUUGAUAGACAGCAUUUCUAUUCAAACUCAUGACAACAGACUCUUGGCUGUUUUUUUUUUUUUUUU